GGAGAGGGGAGGGGAGAGCAAGAGCAAGAGAGCGAGAGAGAGACAGAAAGCAAGAGAGAAAGAGAGCACAAUUCAUUCGGUGAAUUGCUUGCAAGCUUGGGGCUGAUAAUUAGGGACCUCAGGAGAGCAGUUUCUCAGAAUAACCUGCUCUCCUUCAAAUGGACCGAAUGGAGACAGUGGUUCAGUCCUGCUGAUAUUUUUUAAGCCCUCCUCGCAGUUUGAUGGGCAUUCCCAGUGCUUUUGUGCACGUCUCGGAAAGCGUUGACGUGGAAAGGAACAGCGAGGAGGGGGAGGUUGGAGAAAAAAACUGCAGCUCUUCUAAAAAUACGGAGGGCAUGCAAGAGUGCGAGCAGGCUGGGGAGGAGGGCGAGGUGAGCGCGCCUCGCACCAUGUUCCCUGGGUGCUGGCACGGCGCAGUUUCGGAGAUGUCCCUCCUGUGACUGGACGCACCAUGAGCAUCUGGGAGGUGAUCCUGGCUUUCGUGGUGGUGGUGCUGAUGCUCGUGGCCCUGCUGGCCAAUGUGCUGGUGCUGAUGUGCUUCCUGUACAGCGCUGACAUCCGCAAGCAGGUCCCGGGAUUGUUCAUCCUCAACCUCACCUUCUGCAACCUGUUGAUGACUGUUUCGAACAUGCCCCUGACCUUGGCUGGGAUCAUUUACAAGAGUCAACCAGGAGGAGAUCAGAUCUGCCACAUUGUGGGCUUCCUGGAGACUUUUCUCACCACGAACUCCAUGUUGAGCAUGGCAGCUUUGAGCAUUGACAGGUGGAUUGCUGUGGUCUUCCCUCUAAGUUAUCACUCCAAAAUGAGGUACAGAGAUGCUGCUCUCAUACUGAGCUACACGUGGUUACACUCGGUGUCGUUCCCGAUAGUGGCAGCUUCUCUCUCCUGGGUGGGUUUCCAUCACCUCUAUGCCUCCUGCACCCUGUACAACAAGAGACCAGAGGACAGGACACAGUUUGUGAUUUUCACUGGGGUCUUUCACACCCUCAGCUUCCUCCUCUCCCUUAUAGUCCUGUGUUUCACAUAUCUAAAAGUGCUGAAGGUGGCACGGUUUCACUGUAAGCGGAUUGACGUGAUCACUAUGCAGACCCUGGUGCUGCUUGUGGACAUCCACCCCAGUGUAAGAGAGCGUUGUCUAGAAGAACAAAAGAGACGGAGGCAGCGAGCAACAAAGAAAAUAAGUACCUUUAUUGGUACUUUCAUACUUUGUUUUGCACCUUAUGUAAUUACAAGACUUGUCGAAUUAUCCUCUGUGGUCCACAUCAAUUCCCACUGGGGAAUCAUUUCCAAGUGCUUAGCUUACAGCAAAGUUGUUUCAGACCCUUUUGUGUACUCUUUGCUACGGCAUCAGUACAAGAAGACAUGGAAAGACAUCAUAAACAAGAUCCUCAAAAGAAGCUCCAUCAAUUCCUCUGCCCUCAUGAGUGAAUCGCACAAUAGGAAUACAUUGCAGCUGAACGAGUGAGGAACCUGGUAUGGGACCUACAAGACACGUGAAACAAUAUAUGGGAAACAAAAGUAACUGGCCUAUCCCUAGUAGCUCUCCUCAGCUGUCAAGGUUUUGGGAGGCAGUCAUGGGCAGGUUGAAGCUCAGUCCAUGUCCCUCCAGUAGCCCAUGCAACACCCAAGGGAGGCAGGCUGCUUUGCACGCCCUGCCUCCGACUAAUGGUAUGCUAUUGAUCUGUGGUCCUGCAGGCUCCGCAAAUACAAAUCUCCCAUUGAUCUCCAUCAGCAGUUAUACACACAUAUAGGGUAAAAAGCCAGCCCUCAGCAGAAGGGCUCAUUGAAGUAACGGGAGCAAACUGAUGCCAUCACAAGGUUAUUCUAAAAAGCUGCAAAGGGAUAUUUGUGCUUUUCUCCACCCCCUGCUUGCUGCAGGUAACACUUUCUCUAAUGGAGCUGCCAGCCUCGUUUUACAGACUGUCCCCCCCUGCAGCUGCUUGAGCAGGUCCUGUAUAGAAAAACUCUUAAUAGGAAAAACUUAAUAGAGAUAUCAUUACCUAGAUACUCAUACAGUGCCCAGCAUAGCUUUCAACAACUUCUGAUAUACAUUUUUUGAACAACCCUGUAGAAUUAUAGGAAGAGAAUAGUCACUUCUGAAGUACGCUACAGGCUAGCUUCAGCCGUGUCUUCUUUGAGUUUUUUUAAGUAACUUCCGCAGAAUCCCAUUAGUUUUCUCCCCACUCAGUUUCAGAAAAAAUAAAAAAGGUAGACAGGAUGGAAAGGUCAGGAUGCUGCCUGCCUACCAAUAUAUCUGUGGUAUAAAGAAAUGGAUUUUGGCCAAAGCUGCAGAACUGGGCCCUGUGCCCAGAGGAAAUUUUUUUUUUUUUUUUAAAUUUCUGAGGUGUUAUUAAUCAUGUCUUUUUCCUACAGAUAUGUUACUUAAAGGAAAGAGGAGACUAAAGCUGCAUGUAAAAGUAUAAUUUCCAAAGCAAGUGGAGAAAAAUAAUAGACCUCCCGCCCACCGUGACAGUGCAGCCAAUAAUCUGAAUUGACAUCUGAGUGGGCAAGUCUCAGGAGGGUUUGGUAUUGAUCUUUAUAGGUCAAGAUUACAGCUACGCAUAGUAAUGUUAUUAACACUUACCACGCAUUCAGUUCAGCCUGCAGAUAACGUAGGCCUAAAUACCAGUUAAAUUUUCAAAACCAGGGUAAUCCUACGUGUCAUACUUCCUCAGACACUGCCACAGCAUCUUAUUUUUUGUAAACAUUAUUUAUUGUAAGUACAGCUACAGCUGGUAGAUGGCUUCAUGACUGUCAUGUAGACAUAUGACGCUGAAGCCAUCUUCCAGCGAUUCACAAAGAAUUACUUUCCUGGGUAAUUUUCUGUGACAACAUUAUGAAAUGAGAAAGUUUUUCAAAUGUUUUCUUAUUAAUUAAGCCGUAGAAUAUCAAAAGCAAUAAUUAAUCAGUUGUGAUUUCUGUUGUUUAGGAAUAACUUGCAUAAACAAAAUGUGUUGUCCUCAUAAUCUCUUAUAAUUAUUUUCAUGUAGAGAACUAUUGGUUUCAAAUGCUUCACAUUUAUACUUAGAUUGGCAAAACACUUAUUACCAAUUCUGACCUUAAUUCUACACAUAUUUUUCUCCAGAAAGUGACUUAAAGUCCAAGUUCACAUCAGAAAUUAAAUUCAGUUUUGCUGGGUGGGUCAAAAAAGCUUCUGCCUGGUGGCCAUAAGGUACAGUUUCUUUUGUGAGGGUGAAUGGCAAAUAGAUGCUCAGAUUUUGAAUAGUCUUGGUUCAUUAGGCUCCAUGCAUGCCAUGGCAGUGUAACUAACAGCUGACGUAGCUGGCUGUAUCGCUACCUAUUCUUGCUCAUAUUCUGACUGUCAACACUGUGUUGAGAAAAUAAAGUUAGGAUCAUGUUGAGAAAUAAGGCCCUGAGUACUAAAAUUGUGGGAUUACUUUUCAGUUACCACCUCCUGCAAUCUCCCAUCCCCCAAGCAAAGGCAACUGUUUGGUGCCUACAGAAUCCCCAACAGCAAAGGUUAAUGAGCUCAAUUAGUAUAUUCCCUAUCACUUAUGCCAAAUGAUCAAUACCAGUAAUUCUGCAAAUAUUAGCAUGCUCCAUUCUGCAAACUCUACCAUGAAUAUAAGUCUUUGAUAGAACAGACGUUAUGGCAACUACGAUUUCCUAUGUACCUUACAGAAAGUGUCCACUGCUGAAGCUUCUGGCCAGCGAUUCAAAGCCCAGACAAGUAACUCAUGGGGGGCUUCACCCCAAAGUCUGUGAACAUGAGGUAACACCUCAGCUGUCAACCUGGAGAGCCUUGCCUUAGCCCUCACCCUGGCAUGGUAGUACAGCUGCAAGGCAACAUGUUAAUCUAUAAACUUACAUUGUCACUUGCUUUAUAAAUGGAAAAAUUAAUAUAAUGAAGAUCAUCAACUACCGUGUCAAUAACAUUUUUUUCAGCUGAACUAUUUAGUCAUAAAAAACCCCAGUUACAAUAAAAUAUACACACAAAUACAGUUACAGCGUUUAAGUAAGUUUUUACAAUGUUGCAUGCAAAAAUUACCCUUAGCCAGAUGAAAUAGUCUACCUCAUUUUAACCAUUUUACAUCUUAGGUUUAACGUAAUUUUCUCAGGUGCCAUAGGUAAAAACACCCCGUUCAAGACUUGUUUCUUAAGAAAAUCAAGUCAUUUUGAUGACUUGAUUGUAUCAGAAUGCAUGAUGUUAAAAAGUUAAUUAUUAGUGAGUUUAAAAAAGACAAAAAGCUCUAUAUCAGAUUGAUACAUGUUUUACGAAGACCAUUUUUAGUGAAGUAAAUUGCAACAGAAUGAUUGUUGAAUGCAACAGAAUGAUUGUUGAAGUCAGCGGUUGUUGUCAACUUAUACGUGGGGCUGCUGCCAAAGUCAAUGGGAGUUUUGUAUGUCAAUCAACCUAGCCCCAGAAGGAUUUCAAAUUUUAAAUCAAUUAUUCAAAUAAAGUAAGAUAAUUUCCCAGGAAAAAAUAAUUAUAUACUUAGGAUGGCUAGUGAAAGACAGAAGAAUACAACAUUGGACUUGUCUCAUUAUGCUUGUAUAUCACAGUCAGUCGCUGGUUGAUUUAUGUGUCACUGUGAGCAAUAAAUCUCUCCCCUUUUAUGUGUUUAAAAAAUUGUCUUUCUUUCAUGGUGCCUUUCUUCUCGAAUUAAUCUUAUAACAGAGAAUAAAUAUAAUUUCCCCUUACUUACAUCAGCUGUCUGACACAUUGUCAUAUUUCUACCAUCUGAAGCAAGCGAGAGUUGUAAAUGCUGGUGCUUGACAAACUGUCUCAGUAUACAAAAUAAAAGUAAUACCCUCACAUUUCCUGAUGACAUUUUAUAAGAUACUAGAAAUAUGAUACUGUGGCUCGUUAAGUGCUAGAUAUUCAGCUGAAUUCUUAUAGGCAACUGGCAAAAUUUUCUAAAAUGUGUGUCUAAGUGAUGAAUGUAGAUAUGAGUAACUGUCUGCUGAGUAUUAUAUGUGCUGUACAACACUUUGACUCGAGUGAGUUAGAAUAAUGAUGGUAAAUGUAAUGCACAAUAAUUUAAUAUCUCUGGUCAUGAAGCAGAACUGUUUCUCUUGUCUAACACAAAUGCGCAUGUGUGCGUGGGGGGGGAUUUUCCAUUUGUUAUUUAAAUAUUUUUUUUAACAUUUGUAAAAUAUGGCUACAAUGUGUGCCCAAAGUAUGGAACUGCAUGUGCAAAAAUUGUGCAGCUGCUUAGGCAAUAUGCAGUUUUCUGUUUGUUGGUAUCUGCAAUCCAUAUGCAAUAUCUAUUUCUCACAUGCACGUUCAAUUGACAUUUUCUUCAUAUCUUGUAAAUUUGGCAGGCAGAACAUUGGCAGAUGAUUAAGAGAAUUUAGUCCACUAUGUCAUUUUGUGGAUUCUGAGCUUUUUCCUCCAUUUGUUUUACAGAUAUUUAUAUAAUCUCAGAGCCCUAACUGUGAGCUAGGAUCCUGUUUGAUGGUAUGUUUUUGAGCCAGUUUGAAUGUGAAGAUCUGGGUAAUUGCAUUUGGCAAAACCUCUGAGAGACUGAUAAGAGUUUACAAAUAAGUAAUAAGUACCAGGUCCUCUCCUGGCAUACAUCAACAUUAAUAGUUGGUUGUUCCACCUGGGGAUUGGGCCCCAUUAGAUAACUAUAUCCAGGUUUUAUAGAUCUGACUUCUAAAUGUGUAGGGCCCAGUUUUCACGGUGUUUAUGGAUGGAAAGUAAACAGGAUCUAGCGAGUUCCUCAUGUGCAUACAUGCCCACUGGCAACGUCAGGCCAUGACUCUUCUCUAAAUAACUUCUAUCCCUGUUUUUAUUCUUUGAGUAGCAGACCCAAACACCCUCCUUUCAGUGGUCCUUAAUCAGACUUUUUAUAACCUCCCUUACUUCUGAAACAAAUAAAAUCUAGAUUUAAAAAACAUUCCAGACAAGUCUUUAUGAACCCUGAUGACUGCUGUGGCAGUAGCCAUGCAUGUCACAGCAUCACAGCCCAGCCAAGGUUGGAAGUGACAUUUGGAGGUCACCUUGCCCAGCCCCCAGGAGGCACAUCGCUGCCUCUUGCAUAGUUUACCUUCUCAGUUUUUCCAAUGCAUCUGUUUGCUCUGCAAUAGUGUUGGGAAAUGAUCUUAGCCUGCUUCAGGUCAAUAAUAAAAUCUUCCUGGAAAGAAUUUUUUUUUUAAAAAAAACCAAUUUUGGGAAGAUAGCUUAGACUUACCUUCAAAAACAGCUGCAUCAGAACAACUUUAGAGGUUACAAAACUGGGGCAGAAAUAGAUGCGAACAGGAGGCUGAGGAUCAGGAAGGUUGGGAACUAUAAACUGGUUUUGCUGCUGUUGCAACGAUAUGUGUUGCCCGGCUGCAGUGGGCUUUUCCUAGUGACCUGUUUCCACACUGAGAGCUCUCCAGGUCUCUCAAACACCCACUUCCCCCAAAGAGAAAGGCAAAAUUUCUGUCAAAGCCCAGUAACUGCCAGACAGUGGGUCAAGGGUCUUGUUGAAGAGCAGCACAGCCUCCACAGGAGGACUCUUGUUGGGUUGGGAAGACGCUAAUGGUUUUCAGGUGGGUUACAAGGAAGUUACUCACAUUGUUUGAAUGACCAGAAGCUACCUACACCUGGAUGAACCUUACCUUAGGAGACAGUCUAAUUUUUAAAGCUCAGGAGGUUUAGGUAGCUUGCAAAAGUAAUUUCUGGACCUACAUGCCUAAGGUUUCAUAGUUCUCUUACCUCUCUUAAAUGAAGAAGGCUCUGAGGGCUUUGAAUAACUUGUCCUACACAUUUGCACAUGUGCAGUGAAUACCUUUUGAAACAGCCCUUUGGAAAUUGCUUGCUUUUCACUACUGUUAGAGCCCUCUCCUCCCCAUGUUAAAUGUUCUUGUGAUUAAAGAAAGAUUAAAUGCAAAACCAGAGACUUCAUACCUAUGUCAGCUCAUUAAUACUUAACCCUAAAAAUCACUAAAUACUUCAGUGCAUCACAUUCAGCACAGAAAGCUCAGCUAGAUCCUGAUCCUAUGUCACUAUGUGUUUGCUUCGAUGGAUAGUUAGGGCUGAGCAUAGGCUUAUGGUUUUGCAGAAUCAGGGAUUGUAUCUUCGUAACCUACCCAAGCCUGAAUAAGUGACAACAAUAACAUUUUAGCCUUAAACUUAAUUUUUUUUUUCUUUUAAUUUGCUUUUUAUGCUUUCAGCAUUCAGUAUAUCAAAAAUCUUUGACGGGUGACGUUUCUUUAUGAAAACUGUCCUGCUCAAAAAGGCAGCUGUCCCUGUUGGAGGGGUAUAAAAGUUUACAUGGAGAAAAGAGCUGCUGUAGUCUUUGUAAAAUGUCUACUUCUUAACCUGUAGUCCUGGUGUGUAUCAUGUAAAUAUGUAUUUAGGAUUGUCAUGUUUUAAGCCAAUAAUGCUCUGAUGUAAUGAACUGGAGAGGUUGCUAUAGUUUAUACUGUAUGUCUAUAUUUGUAAGAAAGAUGGUUACCCUAUAGACUGUAAGUGCACUUCAGAAAUGUGUGUGUCGAGAAGCAAAUGCAUCAGGUGUAUGACAGCAUGCAUGUGUGGUAAUUGUGUAGUAAAGUAUGAUUUUUGUUGAAGAAAUGCUAUUGCACAUUUUCAACAUACCCAAAGGCAUGAGUCCACAUGGUGGAUUAACAAUCUGCAAAAAUAUAUUAGGAAAAGGGUCUCCAUUUGGAAUUAUUACUGAAUACUAGGAAAUUCUUUUCUAGUCACUGUAGUCAGCUAGAGCUGUAAAACAAACCUUUCUAGAAGUCAUACCAAAAGCAAGAAAUCGAAAGCCUCCAUCCUCCUGGGAUUUGGAUGCAGCAAGAGUUCCUAAGGAAAAAGCAGUGCUUUUGAAUGAAAUGACCGUGCAUCCUCGGGAGAUACUAGUGGGAAUGCAACAGGACCCAGGGUGCACGGUUGGCUAUAGCCUUCCCAGUCCUGUUUAGUCAUAGUGCACUGACACUACCUUGAGUUCUUGAACAAAAAUUUAAAACGCCCUGUUAGAUAUCGGAGUGUUUUACCUUACCUUCUGACCACAGGGUCCUUAUGCAAAGACAGGUAAUUUUUUACUCCUCCUUUGCUAAUGUGAUCAAUGAGCUACAGUGAGAAAAAAGAAAGAAAUCUUGUGAAUUGAAUGACUUUUGUUAGGAAAAAAGCUGUCUGUAAAAUACUCGGUGCCCUUAGGGUCACACAGCAAACAUGUGACAAGGCUGGGGACAAGUUCUGCACACUCUGCCAUCCAUCCCAGCCUCAUUCAAGUAAAAUAAAGCUACUGGCAUCAGCCAGAGUAAAGAAUGGGUCUUUUUAUAACAGAAACCAUAGGGCUUCCCAGAUAAGACGUUUGAAAAAUUGUUAUCACAGAUUGCCUUGGAAAAUAGAAAUAGAUAACUUAAAAGGUGCCUUGAUUUACCUUCAUUUAUACACAGGGCAUUUUUCUAAACCGUAGCUUUUUUUCCCACAGUGCUUUUAAUUUCUUAAGAUCAUUUUAGGAUAAAAAAAUCACAUUUGGCAAUCACUAAUCAUUCCCUUCCGAAUUCUUGCAGGAAUGUAAUGUAUUACCAGUCUGUCCAGAUACAGUUAGAUAUAAACAUUUUCCCCUAGAUUAGAUUGUUAGAUGAUUACUUACUUAAAAAAAAAAAAAAUGUUAGAGGCUGGUUUUACAAAUAUUUGUUGUUAGGACAGAGGGGUUGCUUGGAUGAGUAAGGACCAUUCAUAUAAUGAGAGGCACAAAAGGUCCGGCCUGUGUAUUUAAGCUUUUUGGUUUUGUUUUGCAAAUAAUGAGAAUAGAUGGUUUCCUAUUUCUAAAAGCACCUAGCCAGUCUGAAGAAAGAUAAUUCUGAAAUAACAUUAAUAAUAGCUGCUGUAGAUAGGGCAUGUUUUGAUUAUAUUGUUAUAAAUAUUCCAUUAUAAUUUAUUGCAUUAUACUUUUUUGUAUAACAAUGGUAUAUAAUUGCAGGGGCUAUUUAUUUAGGAAAAAAUGGAAAUAUAAAUAAAACCUUUCUAAAUCACAUGGACAGAGAGAUACACAGACCAAUUUGUGAUGACAACAUGUUCAAGAGUGCCAUGGGUUAACUGGGACUUCAGGGUCCCAGGUAAGCCAAACUGAGUAAUCUCCCAACAGAUACUUCAGAGAUACAGGUUCAUUCAUGUUAAAGGCAGAUAUAUAAAAUUCUACUACUGUACCUACAGUUUAAAGGAAUACAAUAAAAUAAAUUUUAAUCUUGACUUCAAGUUUUUGAAUAAUAGGGCCUGUGCUGUCUAUUCUGUUUACAAUGGCUUGUGCUUUGUGAAUACACAUCAAAUGUUGUAAUAUAUUUUUAUUACAUAGAGCUAAUGGUUAAUACAAAGUGUCAUAUAUAAAUAAAUACAUACUAUAUAUGUAUAUUGUGAAUUUGUUAAAUUUACUGUUAAUGAAAUGUGAU